CAUGUUGGCUCUAGAAUCCUCCCGUCAACAACAAUUCCCCUUCUUCUCGCAAGACCAACUCGCUCUAGAUCCCGAACUUAUGGAUUCAUAUGGAUUCUCCGCCAUGCAACCAAACCUCCAAUCCCAAAACCACGAGCAUAUUCAUUCAUACCCCCAACAGACCUACUACGAAUCCUCAUCGUCGUGGACAGACCAAACUCCGGAUAUGGAGUUUCAACAAAAGUCGCAACAGCAUAUGCUCUACCCUGGUGGUGGCGCUAAUUCACCUCUAUCAAUGGUCGCGUCGCAUUAUUCCGCUGCUUCCGGUGCUUCUGUUGCGAGCGCUUCUUCAUCGGCUAUGGGAUCUCCAUACUCUGGCGCUGCGCACACUUUCCAGGAUUCAUGGAUGGAUGGCGCUAAUGGGUUGUUGGGUAUGCCCAUGGGUAUGAUGCCUGAAAUCGACUACCCGCUGGCUAGCAUGGAGGGAGACGCUACCUUUGGUGCUGGUACCAAGUAUCCCACAGUUGAUCCCUCUGCGAUUCAUCACCCUCUUCACACCCCCAUGCCUUACGACGACCAGGUCAAUAUGUCUCAUUCAUCUGGUUUCGUCUCUCCUGCUCAGAUCGGCUCUCCAAUGCCCAGUCAUCAAAACUUGGGUCUGCCCCAGCCCCAGAUGAACACAUCUUCCCCUUAUCUAGGCGUCCAGCACGUCAGAAGCUCCAGCGUCGCAGGCUACGAACGGCCAUCAUCUAUCAUUUCUUCUCUCUCCCCACGCUCCCAUCCCAGCCCAGCAGCUAGCAACACCGACGUAGAAGACGAAGGUCGCGAGAAGCGACGAUGUCCCUGGCCCGACUGCGGCCGAUCUUUCAAGGAUCUCAAGGCUCACAUGCUAACCCACCAAAGCGAGCGACCUGAGAAAUGCCCCAUCGUCAAUUGUGAAUACCACCUCAAGGGCUUUGCGCGCAAAUACGAUAAAAACCGACACACCUUGACCCACUAUAAAGGGACAAUGGUGUGCGGUUUCUGUCCGGGAUCCGGCUCGGCGGCUGAAAAGAGUUUUAAUCGCGCCGACGUCUUCAAGCGUCAUCUCAUGUCCGUCCACGGCGUUGAACAGACAGCCCCCAACUGUCGCAAGAGAAGCCCAACUUCAUCUUCUGUAGAACACCAGAAACUCCUCCCUGGAUACAGUGAAGAUGCUACUGGCAAAUGUUCUACUUGCUCAGCUACAUUCAGCAAUGCUCAAGACUUCUAUGAGCAUUUGGACGACUGUGUUCUUCGUGUUGUUCAACAGGAAGAGCCCAGUGAAGCCAUUAAUCAAAAACGAUUGGCUGAAGUUGCUAAUGACGAGGACGUCAAAUUGACCAUGGAAAAGCACCAGCUGCUGGAUACAGCUAGUUCCAUGGCCAAUGCCGACGAAUAUAACGAUGAUAAUGACGAUACUUAUGAGGCUGACGACGCCGACGAAUCCAAUAUUAAUACAUUAAACAACAAAGCAUCUGGAAAAGGUGCCAUCACAAAAUCCAACAGCCAAAGAUCAUCAUCCUCACGAGCUGUCUUGGGAGCCAACAGCGCCGUCUCAAAGCAUAACAAUAAGCCCCGUGCCAUCACCCGACGACGAGGGAACAGAAACAGCUACCCGCAUUCAUGGGGUACACCAAUGGCGAAAAUGAAGACCAAAAAACGCGUCCUCUGCGCCUACGAUGGUCCGAGGAGGCUAUGGAAAGACGAAAUGAUGCUCGACAACGAAUUCGAAGUCCGCAUCGCUCUCCCCGGUGGUGCCGGUGACGGCACAAAUCGGAAUGCCUACGUGACUGAUCUCGAUAUGGUGAGUCUCAAGAGGGUUGAGGGAAUCUUUAGCGCAACUGAGGAAGAGCGUGGUCCUGCGAUGCCAAACACUACUACGUCAAAUCGGCUUAUGGGUCAGCCGGCUAUGAUUUUGCCGGAGGUGACUCAGGAGGAUUAUGGGUUUGAUAUUGAUGAGUUGAUGGCAUACAAGGAGCCUUAUGCUGGGAAUCGGCAGGAUGGCUUGUGUGUUUAGUCUUCUGCAAUAUUCAUACCCAAUAUACGAUAUCCAAUAUCCCCUCUCCUAUUCUUCAUUUGUAUCUUACGUGAUAUCAUCGUUUAUAUUUUCUGAUCUUUCUGGCAUCUCAUGAGUGAGCAUGGAGCGUGUUUUUUUUUUCUUCUUCCUUUUCAUCUGCAGCGAUCCAAACAAUUUUUUACUACUGGGUUAUCAACGGUGGUCUCAUCUAUUUUUUCUCUUCUCCAUUCCGAAAGAACGAGAAAACAAAUAAAUUAUGUGUUAAUACGUCUUGUCUCCUUUUACUUGCUUGGUUUUAUGAGUCAAUGACUCGAUUCGGUCUUUUCCUUGGACUCUGGAAGUUGGGAGGGACUUUGUGUUUUCUGUUUAAAGAUUUAUUUACUUAUCUACACCAUUGAAAUUGAAUUGUGAUACCACUUCUGUG